CCAAUCUGGUACCUAGUUAUCCCCAGCUUAAAAGGACUGAAAAAGGAUAAGGAAUCUCAAACACUAGUUACUCGUUCAAAUCACUCCCUCCUAUUCCUUCCCACGGAAAACAGGGUGAAUUUUCUUUGAUUUAUUUCUUUUUUGGUUUAUGUUACUGACUCAAUUCUCUCUGCUUCUUCCUCACCAGUCACCAGGUCCUCAGUAUAAAUAUCUGCCUCUUCAUCUUUCCCCAUCAGCUCUCUUCAAUUCCUUACUGAAAGUUGAUUAAUUUAGCUGCCAUGAAGCCCAGUUUACUUUUGGUAGUGGCGUGUUGCUUGGCAGCACAACUGUUUGAUGCUGCAAAUGCUGCUUCAGCUGUGGGAGAUCCCGGAAUGAGAAGAGAUGAGCUGAGGGUAGCAUUUGAAGCUUGGAAUUUCUGCAAUGAAGUUGGAAACGAGGAGGCCCCUGGCAUGGGUAGCCCAAGAGCUGCCGAUUGCUUUCAUAUCUCCUCCAAUGGUUCCUUGAUCCACAAAGUGACUGAGGUUGACAACAAGCUGGGAGUUGGGAAACCAUUCCCUGGUUUGCCAGAAAAGGCUCUGAGUGAUCCAAAUCUCUACGCAGUGGAGAAAGAGCUGUACCUGGGCUCCCUGUGUGAGGUUGCAGACCAUACCACCCCAACAAAACCUUGGCAGUUUUGGAUGAUUAUGCUCAAGAAUGGAAACUACGACACGAGAUCCGGGCUUUGUCCCAAGAAUGGCGAGAAGGUACCACCUUUCAUUUCAGGGCAGUUUCCAUGUUUCGGGAAGGGAUGCAUGAACCAACCGUUGUUGUACCAUCAGCCCACCGCUGUAGUCACCUCAGAAAAUGGGAUCAAAACCAUGAAAGGAGGUUUUAGUGGCACCUAUGAUUUGGUUCCUUUCCCUCCUCCUUUUGGGAUUGGUACUCUUGGUGAUUCUUCUUUGAAUUCUUACUUUGAGGUGGUUUGGGAGAAGAAAGUUGGCGAUGGUGGGAGUUGGAUAUUCAGACACAAACUCAGGACCACUAAAUUCUACCCCUGGCUGAUGUUGUACCUGAGAGCUGAUGCAACCAAAGGCUUCUCUGGUGGAUACCAUUAUGAUACCAGAGGAAUGCUCAAAAUUCUUCCAGAGUCCCCUAACUUCAAGGUGAAAUUGACCUUUGACAUCAAGCAAGGGGGAGGACCUAAGAGCCAGUUCUACUUGAUGGACAUAGGGAGCUGCUGGAAAAAUGACGGCCGUCCUUGCGACGGGGAUGUGCUCACCGAUGUCACGAGAUACAGCGAGAUGAUCAUCAACCCAGAAACUCAGGCAUGGUGCAGCCCUGCAAGCAUGAACAGAUGCCCUCCAUACCACAUCACUCCAAACAACAUCAAGAUCCUAAGAAAUGACACAGCUCACUUUCCUUACUCGGCUUAUCACUAUUACUGUGCUCCUGGAAAUGCCCGUUUCUUGGAAUUCCCCGACAGUACUUGUGAUCCUUAUAGCAAUCCACAGGCACAGGAACUGGUUCAGUUGCUCCCGCACCCCGUAUGGGCCGAGUACGGCUAUCCAAGUAAACGAGGGGAAGGUUGGGUGGGAGAUGGGAGAACUUGGGAGCUCAAUGUUGGUGCACUCUCCAGUAGACUUUACUUCUAUCAGGAUCCAGGUACCCGUCCAGCUAGAAGAAUAUGGACAUCAUUGGAUGUGGGAACUGAAAUUUUUGUUAGCAACAAGGAAGAAGUUGCAGAAUGGACUCUCAGCGACUUUGAUGUCAUUCUGACUUCCCAACCACCUUCAUCUGCAUAACAAUAUAUCCAAGCUAGGCUCAGAUAUUACCCUAGCACAACAUAAAGCUUUGUCCAGCAGCUUUCCUAUACUAAUGAAGCUAACAGAAAAGAAGUAUUUACAGAGAUAGAAGGAGAAGAGGAGGUGGAAGGCACCUCGAUUAUUAACCAUAUUGUAGAUCACACGAUUUUUCGUUGCUAGAAAUAAAAAUUUCCAGAAAAUUUUUUGUUAAA